GCGGGGCCCCGGGGCAUCGAGGGGCUCGGGUGGCCUGAUCCUGGCCCGGUGAAGAUGUGCCAAGGGGGCCACCUCGACCCCGGCAGCCACCGAAAGGCGCUGAUGAAAACGGGGCUCAUCCUCCUCAUCGUCGGGCACCUCAGCUUCAUCACCGGGGCCCUCGUCCACGGCACCGUCCUGCGCUUCGUGCUCACCGCCCGCGAUGCCACCUCCCUGCACUACGGGGUCACCAACGGCGCCUCUGUCAUCGCUGCGCUGCUGACCAUCUCCUGCGGAGUCUCUGCCCUGCUGCUGUCCCGUUUCCUCGGCCCUGCCGCCCUCCAAUGGGCGCUGCUCGCCCUGAGCGCCUGCAGCAGCCUCUGCUGCCUCUGCUGCCUGCUGGGGCUGCUCGUGGCCGUCGGGCUGACCCUGGGCAACCAGGGCCGGGUGUUGCUGGCCCCCUGCUCCAUCGCCAACACCGCCCUCGCCCCGGUCUCCCGCGAGUGCCCCUUCGAUCCCACCCGCGUCUAUAGCUCCACGCUGUCCCUCUGGGCCAUCUCCCUCCUGCUCGAGGCCAUGGCGAUCUUCUUCAGCACCCGCUGCCUCCUGCUCAGCCUCGACCUCCUCCGCCUCGGCCGCUGCUGCCGUGGGAUGCUCCGGGCGAAGGUCUCCCUGCAGGCAGCCCCCGUGCAGAGCCCCGGCCCCGGGCAGUGCCUGGCCUUGCUGAGACUGGACAGUGUGGAAAUCGCCCGGCUCUGAGCAGGGCCUGCGGGAUAAACGACCCUGUGGAUGUGUCCCGGCCGUUCCUGCCCCAUCCCAGUGCCCCGUGAGGACUCUGCUGCCUCCCAGGAUGUGUGGACACAUCCCCUGGAACACGAGCCCAUCCCCUUGGGUUGCCUGGGGGCUGCAGCGAGGGACGAAACCGGGCUGGAUCCAGACCCUAAAGGGAGCAACUUUCCCCAAGGUUCCGUGUCCCCUUUCCCAGCACGGACUGCACUGACACAAACUUUAUUUUGCAGAUAUUAAAGAUCAGAAGCAGGGCCCCCCCC